CAGGAUCCCUCCUUCGACGCCGCGCGCAGCGCCGGGAGCGGCGGCCGGAGCGGGUUCCCCCGGGAGGAGCAGCGCAGGAGCCGGGACCCACCGCGGGAGGGGCGGCGGCGGCGGCCGAAGCGACCUCGGGGAGGCGAGCGGAGCCGCGAUGGCCGAGUUCCCGUCCAAAGUGAGCACGCGGACCAGCAGCCCCGCGCAGGGCGCCGGCGCCUCGGUGUCCGCGCUGCGCCCGGACCUGGACUUCGUGCGCUCCGUGGUCGGGGUGCUCAUGCUGCUGCAGCUGGCGCUGGGGCUGCUGGUGUGGGCCCUGAUCGCCGACACCCCGUACCACCUGUACCCGGCCUACGGCUGGGUGAUGUUCGUCGCUGUCUUCCUCUGGCUGGUGACAAUCGCCCUCUUCGUCCUCUACCUGUUCCAGCUGCACAUGAAGGUGUACAGGGUGCCCUGGCCGCUGGUGCUGAUGGCAUUUAACAUGGGCGCCACCGUUCUCUACGUCACGGCCUUCAUCACCUGCUCCGCGUCGGUGGAGCAGACGUCCCUGAAGGGCACCCGGCAAUACAACCAGCGCGCAGCUGCCUCCUUCUUCUCGUGCUUAGUGAUGAUCGCCUACGGACUGAGCGCUUUCUUCAGCUUCCAGGCCUGGCGAGGAGUCGGCAGCAAUGCGGCCACCAGUCAGAUGGCUGGCGGCUAUGCCUAAACCCCUGACCACGGCCCACCGUGGGGCUGAAGGCUGCAGCCGGGUCACACGCGGGGGGCCCUGCGGGUCAGCCCAGAAGGGAAGACACUUGCUCCUGUCUGAGCGUCAGACGUGGGCUCACCCAACACUCCUAAGGCAUCUGAUCCUCCCUCUGGCUCGACCGGGUCGCCGCGCGUGGACUGGAGCGAGCCAGCAGCCGAGACUCUCGUCCCCCUUAUUCCGCAGAAGGUGACGGGGGACGCGGGCUUGCCGUCUGCUCCGUCUAGAGGACCUCAGCGUCCAAGGCGGGGCCCCGCCUUCUCACCAGCACUAAGCACACUAACAAGGACCCCGGCCCUGCCGCCCCCACCCACCCUAUGGUUAUAAGCCUAACCAGCAGCAUGUAUUUAUCGUCAUCACAGUCUCUGAUCCAGGAGCGCGGAGCAAGCUCAUGAAACCGUGCCGGGUCCUUAAAACACAAUUCCGACCUGACCCUCCCCCAAGCCAACAUGUCGUUGGAGACUUUUCUGACAGCGUGCUCUUCCUUCCCUGUAUUUCACACUUACGGUUAUUUUUUUAAAAGAGUGACUUUUAAUUUUUUUUUGUUAAUCCUCACCCAAGGUAUUUUUCCAUUGAUUUUUUAGAGAGAGUGGAAGAGAUAGGGAAAGACAGAGAAACAUCGAUGUGAGAGAAACACAUUGAUUGGUUGCCUCCUGCACAUGACCAGGGCCCAGGCCGGGGCGGAGCCUGCAACCAUGGUACAUGCCCUUGACCGGAAUCGAACCCAGGACCCUUGGUCCACAGGCCCACUAUCCACUGAGCCAAACCAGCUAGGGCCACUUACGGUUAUUUAGAGCAGAUUGGCUUUAAGCAACUUCUCAAUGAUGAAAGCCUGUCUCAGAGGCUCCCUCCCUUCCCAAGCCCUAGUCUGUAACAGCCGUUUGGGGAAAGCCUCCGUCAAUACGGCUGCUUCCCUGACCCUGCUGAUUGGACACUUGGGACAUGGAGGUGGGGCAUCAAGGCCUUGCCUGGUGAGUUGUCAUAUGCUUGGUGGUGACUGUUUUCAUUUUUUUUGUUUUGUUUUUUACAAAAAUAAAGACAGAAGAACUCGUCUGA